AUGCGUACCGAGUUCUUCCUGCUAUGGGCAUCUGCCCAAGCAGCAGUGGCCGCCAUUCGACCCAAAAACUUCAUCAUGGUCAUUCCAGACGGCAUGGCUCCUGCGUCCCAGACAUUGGUCAGGACAUACCUCUCGAUGCUAAAUGGAGGCUCUCCAGAAGCACCGGCCAUCAACGCCAUGCCAAUCGACGAGACCCCGCUUGGUAACACUCGAACGCACUCGAGCAACAACCUGAUCACAGACUCUGCCGCGGCUGGAACUGCAUUGGCCUGUGGCUUCAAGACCAACAAUGGCGCUCUUGGGGUCACUCCUGAUGGCCAGGCUUUGGGGUCGAUCCUGGAAGCUGCGAAGCAAGACGGCUAUCUGACUGCUCUUGUCGUCACGAGCAUCAUCAACCAUGCUACACCAGCCGCGUACUCCUCACAUUCCGUGAGCCGCAAUGCACUUCCUCAGAUUGCAGAACAACAGAUCGGCUACAGCCAUCCACUCAACCAGAGUGUCGACAUCCUCCUCGGCGGCGGCCGCUGCUAUUUCAAGCCACAGUCAGAUUCAACCUCGUGCCGAGAAGACGACAUCGACCUAUUCGCCUACGCCAAAGACAAAGGCUACUCCAUCGCCCAGAACCGCUCCAGCUUCGACGCCCUGUCUUCCGGCCGCAGCAGGAUCACCCUCCCCUACCUCGGACUCUUCAACGACAACGACCUAAGCUACGAGAUCGACCGCCAACAGCAACCCCAAGCAGAACGCGAACCCUCCCUCUCCGAAAUGACCGAAACCGCCCUCCAAUCCCUCGACCGCGCUCGACAGUGCCGAGGGCGCCACUGCAGGAACCGCAACGACAAGGGGUACUUCCUCAUGAUCGAAGCCUCGCGCAUCGACCACUCCUCGCACGCCCACGACGCAGCCGCUCACCUCCACGAUACCCUGGAAUACAACAACGUCAUGGAGAAGCUGAUCAACUGGAUCGACGCACACCCGGACACCGCGAUGCUCUCUGUCGCAGACCACGAGACGGGCGGCUUGACGCUUCCAGGCUACGAUCCUCGUCUUUUGCAGACUCCGACACACUCGAUCGAGUACCUCUCCUCUCAGUGGGACGAGUCCGAUAAGAGCGAAUCUUACCUCCGCAGUGACAUCCUCCCUGCUUACGGCCUCUCCGACGCUUCAGAUGCGGAAGUGCAAGCCAUCUUGGGAGACUUCUCUGCUGGGCUUGCGGAUGCUCUGAGCGAGCGGGCGGGUAUAUCCUGGUCGACGGGUGGUCACUCAGGUGUCGAUACGACUCUGUAUGGAUAUGCGGCAGGAAGGACGGGUGAGCAAUUGAAGGCUGACAUGGCGGGUGGGUUCGAUAAUACUGAGAUUCCGCGGUAUAUCGAGCAAGCCUUGGGCGUGAAUAUCGAUCGCGUGACGAGGGAGUUGAGAGCUAAAGGGACGGGGUGGAUUCCAUAG